GUGCGCGUUUAAUUCGCAACGCUGCGGUUGCUUAAAAAAUAAACAAAAAAACGGGAGCCCAGGAUCAGGAAAGGAUCUCAAACUGGAGCAGAUGGAAACCAUUGAAGAAUCGCUUGUGAGCAUCAUCAGUGCCAGUUGAAAAUAUGCCCAACGUGGACGAGCAGCGGGUAAAAGGCAUCAAGCGAGCGGAAUCGGAAUUAUCGGAGGAGAAUUGUGAUCGCCAGGAGGGUCAGGGGGAUCCCAGAGAGGAGUCGGAGGAGGCCAGCGGCAAGAUCAAGGGCCGCUCCCGAUUCUCUGCGGCUUUGCGAAGCCUCUCGAAGACCAAAACCAAAAAGGAAAGGGAGGUGGAUAAAAGUACCGACCGGGAGACGAGAAGCGCGGAGGAGGAGGCGCAGGAAACCCCUGGCGAACUGGAAGACGUGGCCAGUUCCAUAUCCACGGAUAGUGGAGCCCUGGGCAAGACCAAAAAGAAGAGCCUCACGCGCCGCCUGCUCUUGGGUGGUCUGCGGAAGACGGGCAAAACCCCGAAGGUGCGACCCCACAGCCUGGCCACCAGCGACGACAUCAGUGUGGAGCACCUGGAGGCCACUCCCCUGCCAUCGCCACCCGGCUCGCCCUCCUCCGCCAGCAGCAGCACCCUGCAGAUCACCAUCAGUGGCAAGAAGGUGGAGCCAGCGCCAGCGGCAGCGUCCGCCAAGAAGAGCGGCAAGAGCGGCAGGCCCAAGAGCGACACGGAUUACCUGACACCCGCCGCCGAGGAGAAGAAGCCGAGAAAGAAAACCACCACCACCACGGUGACCACGAGAGAUACGAGCAGCAGCACCCGCACCACCAAGCUGCUGGUGGCCAAGAAGAAGCCCCAGAGCCCCGAGAGAGAGUCUCCAUCGCCGUCGCAGUUGCAGUCGCAGUCGCCGUCGCCCCUUAUCACCACCACCGAGAGCACUCGCGAUACGCCGCCCAGAGAGCGGGCGCCAGCGAAACCGAGCCGCGUUCAGUCUACCAGCGGCACCGGAGCUGUUCGCAAGUCCCAAUCCUCGAGCGGAUCCAGCAGGAAGCUGGAAUUGAUGCAGCAGCAGCAGCAGCGCGGCCACCGCCUCAACGCCAGACCACUGGCCGAACUAGCCACUACGGAACCCCAGCCAUCAGGGGACGAGCCCCUGGACCCAUCCACAUCCAUACCCACAUCCACAUUCCCUCCGGCGGUUGACGAUACCGUCUCCUCGGCGGAAAGUGCCCAGAACAUUGCCAAUCCCCCGCCCAUUGUCCGCUUUGCCGUGGGCAGUGCCGUAAGGAGUCCUUUGAGUGCCUACGAAGCCGCUUUGGCCGCCGCCGCCAGUCAGCAGCCCAACUCCAACGAGGAGCUCAGUGACUCCAGUCUCCGGCGGCUCAGCUUCGCCCAGCAGCAGCUCGUGCUCGGCGACCACGACAGCAUCGAGGGCAGGCGGGAAACGCUGCGCUACCAGUCCGUGGCUAGUGAAUACUCCAAUCCGGAGUCCGGUUCGGAGGACGAGAGCGAGGAGCAGGGAGAAACGGAGGCCAGGGAGCCAGAGAGUGACAAACCGCCGAUGCCGGCCUUCGGUGACCUGACCAUGGAUCAGGAAAUGGAACCGGCCAUCAUGACGUCCACCAGUGAUAAGCGCGAGCAUCUAUACAAGAUUCUAGUCAUCGGUGAACUGGGAACCGGGAAGACGUCCUUCAUCAAGCGCUAUGUGCACCAGUUCUUCAGCCAGAACUACAGGGCCACCAUCGGCGUGGACUUCGCCCUAAAGGUGCUCCAGUGGGACGCCAACACGAUAGUGCGCCUGCAGCUCUGGGACAUCGCCGGCCAGGAGAGGUUCGGCAACAUGACCCGGGUCUACUACAAGGAGGCGGUGGGGGCGUUCAUUGUUUUCGAUGUGACACGCAGCGGGACCUUUGACUGCGUCAGCAAGUGGAAGGAGGACCUGGACUCCAAGGUGCAGCUGCCGGACGGCAGUCCCAUCCCGUGCAUCCUGCUGGCCAAUAAAUGCGAUCAGGAGAAGCAGGGCAUCAUUACGCAGCCCGAGAAGAUGGAUGAGUACGUUAGGGAAAAUGGAUUUGCCGGCUGGUUUGAGACGUCCGCCAAGGAGAACAUUAACAUCGACGAGGCAGCCCGCGCCCUCGUGAAUAAGAUACUCAUCAACGAUAAGCUGAUAUCUGCCGAUCUGGCCGAUGGCGACAAGUUCAACUUAAGCUCGCCCGAUGCAGCCGGAUCGGAUGCCAAGAACAAGUGUUCCUGCUGACCUGGGACCGAGGUCCGGCGAUCUGCUAUACAUUCCAAUUACCAUUCCCAGUCUGAGCGCGUCCAAGAGCGACUUUCUAAGACAGAAACGCAAUGUGCCUACGUCCCCUCCAUGUUCAUGUUGUUAGAAGAUAGCGAUAACUAUGCUUAGGGUUUCAACGUAACAUUUGUCUAAGACUUAGCCUCAUCCGCAUCCCCAUCAUCCCGUCCAUCCAUCAGAUUGUCUUAAUCUUUAACGCCCCAGCUUGUAAAUCCCGAUAAGACUCGUCUGCGGGUCUUCCACAUUGUAGCAUCGGGAUCUGGGACACUGCGUGAAUUUAUAUCGCGGCACAUAGCUUACCUACGCAUACGCCCCAUUAUUAUUAUCAUUAUUAUCGCCCGUAGCCGCGAGGAUUAGCCGGAGAUAGUACAGCAUCCGUAUCAUUGCAUUCUACAUUUGUGUAAAAUACGAAUCGUGUUCUUGUUUUUAUUUGCCUCUGCUGGCGAGAUUGUUUUAUCUUGGAAUUAUUACUCUCACACAUGCAAACACACUCUGCCAUCUUUAUUUGCAUUUAGAUAACAAUACGUACGUUUUAUGCAAUACGAAAUGAAAAAAUAAAGUUUUUAAUGGUAGUUAAGUAAA